AUCUUGUACCCAGCCAGAGCCCUGGGCCAGGGCCAGCUCUCCUGUGGGAGGAGGGAUCGCCCCCAGCCAUGGCAGGGGAAGGGCUUGUGCCUGCUUGCACUUGCCACAGGAGGCUGGUGGAGAGAGAAGCUUCUCUGAAGUGCUCAGCGGCCAUGGAGAGGAUGCAGCAGAUCGUGGGGCGGGCGAGGGCCGCCUUCAGCUCGGGCCGGAGCCGCCCGCUGGAGUUCAGGAUUCAGCAGCUGAAGGCCCUGGAGAGGAUGGUGCAGGAGAAAGAGAAGGAGAUCCUGGCAGCCCUCAAGGCGGAUCUGAACAAGUGUGGGCCCAACGCCUACAGCCAUGAAAUUCUGGGUGUGCUGGGGGAGCUGGCCCUGACCAUGGAGAAGCUGCCGUCCUGGGCAGCCCCUCAGCCCGUGAAGAAGAACCUGCUGACCCUGAGGGACGAGGCCUACAUCAACUACGAGCCCCUGGGCGUGGUGCUGGUCAUCGGGGCCUGGAACUACCCCUUUGUGCUGGUCAUGCAGCCCCUGAUCGGGGCCAUCGCAGCAGGCAAUGCCGUGGUGGUGAAGCCGUCGGAGGUCAGCGAGAACACGGCUCGGCUGGUGGCCGAGCUCCUCCCACAGUACCUGGACAAGGAUCUGUACCCUGUGGUCACUGGAGGAGUUCCUGAGACAACCGAGCUGCUGACCCAGAGAUUUGAUCACAUCCUCUACACCGGCAACACUGCAGUGGGCAAAAUUGUGAUGGCAGCAGCUGCCAAGCACCUGACCCCUGUCACCCUGGAGCUGGGGGGAAAGAGCCCCUGCUACAUCGACAAGGACUGUGACCUGGCUGUGGCCUGCAGGCGGAUAACGUGGGGCAAGUACAUGAACUGUGGGCAAACGUGCAUCGCCCCAGACUACAUCCUGUGCGACCCCUCCAUCCAGAGCCAGGUGGUGGAGAACAUCAAGGCGACUCUGAAGGAAUUCUAUGGGGAAGAUGUGAAGUCGUCUCCGGACUAUGAAAGGAUUGUCAACCAGCGUCACUUCAAGAGGGUGAAGAGCCUGCUGGAGGGGCAGAAGAUCGCUCAUGGGGGAGAGUCUGAUGAGGCCUCCUGCUUCAUAGCUCCAACCAUCCUCACGGACGUUUCCCCGGAGUCCAAGGUGAUGGAGGAGGAAAUCUUUGGACCAGUGCUGCCCAUUGUGCCUGUGAAGAGCGUGGAGGAAGCCAUUGAGUUCAUCAAUCAUCGGGAGAAGCCCCUUGCCCUUUAUGUCUUCUCCAACAACAAGCAGCUGAUCAGACGGGUGAUAGCAGAGACCUCCAGCGGUGGCAUGACAGCCAACGAUGUCAUCAUGCACUCCGUGGUCCCAGGUCUGCCCUUCGGUGGUGUGGGGCACAGCGGGAUGGGCGCCUACCAUAGCAGGUACAGCUUCGAGACCUUCUCCCACCGCCGCGCCUGCCUGGUCAAGGACCUGAGGUGGGAGGCUGUGAACAAACUGAGGUACCCACCUGGCAGCAUGGAGAUGAUGCAUUUGGCCAAGUUCUUCCUCCUAAAGCAGUGUAACAGGAGCAGGGUGGGACAGUUCAUCUCGGCCCUGCUGGCGGCAGUGAAAGCCGUGGUGGCAAAGGUGUUGUGCCCCCAGCGAGAGGUGUGAUGGGCAGCCAGCCCUUGGACCUGCUGCUCACUCCCUGCAGUCUGGCUGCUGAGCUUUCCUUUGCUGCAAUUUCAUUUCUUCCAAGGUAGACA